AUGGCUGUUCCGUUCGUCCUCGCUACCCUCGCCUUUACUGGAGUGGCUCAGGCUCACAUUGCCGCUUUCGCCAAAGGGAUGUACUGUGAAAAUGGAACAGACCCAAAGAAUCCAAACUACAACAACAAUGCAGUUGUUGCACCACUGUUCAACUUCACGCUGGAGGAACUGUGGUUCCAACGCGAGCGAGGAUGUGACAGAGUGCCUCCCCCGGAAGGGGUCUUCCUCGAUGUCCCGGCGGGCGGCUCCUUCACUGUCGAUCUCGCCAACAAUCAGGCAUUCUCCCGCCUGUCAUACGAAGGGAAACUCACAUCUCUCUGGCCAGAUGGUGGUGAUCACCCUGAUAACUGGAACGGCGGAGGCGUGGGCGAAGGCUGCAUUGACGAGGCUGGCUACAUGCACGUGCAGGACGAACAGCAUGCCCAGGGAACGGCAUUUGCCAUCUCAUAUCACAGCGACUUGAAUCAGGUCAAUCUGGAGAAUCUUGUUGUUUUCUCAGUUCUCGAACAUACCCCCUGGCACCGAGAGGCUACCUACCAAGUCCCCAAAGGCCUACCCGCAUGUCCACCCGGAGGCUGUACUUGUGCUUGGCUGUGGGUUCCACGGGGCUGUGGCCAGCCCAACAUUUACAUGCAGGGCUUCAAAUGUCAAGUGUCUGGCGCAACCUCCAUCACUCCUCUUGCCAAAGCGCAGCAGCCUGCUCAAUGUGAGGACGACACCUCAAAAUGUGUUGCUGGUGCAAAGCAGAUGAUCGUUUGGAAUCAAUUGACCGGCAACAACGUGUUUCCAAAGAGCGGACAAACGCCUGCAUAUAAUUCCCGCAACGGAUUCCGACCAGGAGCUCAGGAAGACAUCUUCGCUGGCGAACCUGCUGCACCCGCCUCGUCUUCAGCUUCAUCGUCGGUCUCUGUUGGGGUUACGUCUUCCCCCACCGCCGUAACGAGGGUCGAAUCCGUCACCACCAGCAAGCCCGCCUUGACAUCGGAUGGAUCGUUUACUAUUCAGCCGGUUACAUUUAGCACUUCUACAACCACGAGAGCCUCAAUGUCGAGUGGUGGCGGCAAUGGAAAUCCUGCUACGGUCACCGUCACAGUCACCGCACCAGGGGGAUGCUCGAAGUAA